AUGGUCAUUUUUAUUACAAAUAAGGUGUGCAAGGUCAAGACAUCUUAUUCCGGUGGAAUAAUUGGUAUUGUGAACGAUGAAGGAACGUUGCUGAAUAUAGUUCUCAUUGUUCCGGUGAUUAGCGUGACACAACAAGAGCAAUCUGUUCUACAAAGACAAGUGCAGUCAUUUUUUGAAACCCCACGGCACACUAAUAAUUGGGCAAUAUUAGUUUGUACAUCGCGUUUUUGGUUUAAUUAUCGUCAUGUUGCCAAUGUUUUGUCUUUAUAUCAUUCUGUCAAGAGACUAGGAAUUCCGGACAGACGAAUCAAUCUGUAUGGUGUUGAUGUUGAAGUAGACUAUCGUGGAUAUGAAGUAUCAGUAGAAAAUUUUGUUCGCCUUAUGACAGGAAGAGUUCAUCCAUCUACUCCACGCUCUAAGCGUUUACUUACUGAUCACCAAAGUAAUGUUUUAAUUUAUCUUACUGGACAUGGUGGUGAUGGAUUUUUAAAGUUCCAAGAUUCUGAGGAACUGACGAAUGUUGAUCUAGCAGAUGCUAUCGAAACAAUGUAUCAAGGCAAUAGAUAUAACGAAAUGUUGGUCAUAGCAGAUACAUGUCAGAGUGAAUCGAUGUAUCAAAAAAUAUAUAGCCCUAAUGUGCUUGCAACUAGUAGCUCUCUUGUUGGCGAAGAUUCUCUUUCUUAUGACGUUGAUCAAUCGAUUGGCGUAUACAUCAUUGAUAGAUACACUCAAUUCACGCUUGAAUUUCUUGAAAAUGAGGUUCAGACGCUUUCCACAAAUCGAUCUAUGACUGAUUACUUCAAUUCCUGUCCUAAAUCGAAGUGUCUUUCUACAGUUGGCGUACGUACUGAUUUGUAUCCAAAGGAUCCAAGAAAAGUCCGAGUUACUGAUUUUUUUGGCUCAUCGAGAAUCAUUCGCACUGUAUCAGAACGGAUUGAGUUUGAUGAUGAAUGGUUUAAAGUACCUCCAUUUCACGGAAAGCAGGAUGAGAGCUAUUUUAUUUGA